UUAAAGGAACUUUACUGUGAGGCUGUUUUCCAACUAUUGGAGUAAGAGAGUCUGCAAUUACAGAUAUACAGUCAACUGGCUUUAUUGUGCAUAUGUGACAUAAAAUAACGCUGCUCAGAGUUGUGGAAAGUGGAUUAGAUGGACUAUGCACUGUGAGUGGAGGAUGAUGAGUGUGUCUGCAGCGUUCUGUUUGCUGACAUGUUUAGCUCUAACUUUAGACUUGACUUUGGGUUUGGGACCGAAGAAAGAUACGCAGUUUACAUUUCUAUUAUCUGCUGGCAGCACAGAGUGUUUUUACCAAACAGCAGAGAGGAAUGACAGCAUGGAAGUUGAAUACCAGGUAAUAGCUGGGUCAGGUCUGGAUGUUGGCUUUGCCCUCCUCUCACCCAGCGGAUACCGGCUGGUCUCUGACUUCAGGAGAUCCGAUGCCAUUCACAUGGUGGAUUCAACAGAGGCUGGAGACUAUCGGUUGUGUUUCGACAACAGCUUCAGUACACUCUCAGAGAAGAUGGUGUUCUUUGAGGUGAUCAUUAAUAGUCAGAGCAGUGCAGGCGGAGGCCGAGAUGAGUGGGCAGACGUGGCUACAACAGACAGCUUGGUGGAAUACAAACUGGAGGACUUCAGGGCGACGAUGGACUCUGUGUACGAGAACCUGGAGAGGAGCCGCCAGGUCCUGACUGUGCUACGGGCUGUUGAGACGAGGGACCGCUACCUUCUGGAGGACAACCUGUGGCGGGUGUCCUUCUGGUCCUGCCUCAACCUGCUUGUGAUGCUCGCCGUCGCUGCCACCCAAAUCUACACCCUGCGAAGCCUCUUUGACAACCCAAAGCGCGUCUCCACAUAAUCACAACAAAACUGUGACUUUAACCUCCAGACAAAAGUGCAGACUCUACAUGUUUAACCCAAACCCUUGAACUGACACGUGUCUUCUGAGCUGAAUUUAAAGAGACUGCUCACACAAUUUUACACAUUUUGAUUUUAAAUCACAUUGACAUCACAUUAAUAGUACUGUAAACCCAUGUGGGCCAGUGAAAAACAGAAGAAAACAAGCAGUACUGAACGGGCCCUUUCAGUACACGCGUGUCGGGGCAUGCUGCCGUCGGGGUGUGUGCGUUACAGGGGCCAGUCUAUACCACCCCUAUGAAUUUCAUUGCCUUAAGUGUUAAAGUGUGGCCACAGUACCAAAAAUGAAAUUAGACUGCCACCACAGUGCCACCUAGGGGCCGAUCAAUAAAACCUUAAAGGGUUAUCCUCAGGAGGGCAUUGACAAUAAUUGUACCAAGUUUUGUAUAAUAAUGCACAAACUAUCCCUUUAAUCCUCAUACAGUGUCUGAAGGAGGACCCUUAACUGAUAUGUAUAAGUUAGAAGAGGCAGGUAGCAAUGGUGGAAAGUAACUAUGUACAUUUACUCAAGUACUGGACUUAAAGUACAAUUUUGAGGUACUUUUAUGUACAUUUUAUGUAACUUUAUACUUUUUGAGGCAAAUAUUGUACUUUUUACUCCUCUACAUUUAGCUGACAGCUUUAAUUACUUUUCAGGUCAAGAUUUAAAAUGACAAACAUGAUGCAUUUAAAAUGAUUACCCAUUUUUAUAAAUUAAACCACUUAAAAGUUUAUUAGGUAGUAAAAAUAAGCGGAGUGGAGUCAUUUCACAGUGUGGUAUUAGUACUUUUACUGAAGUAAAGGAUCU